GUCAAAAAAAGAAGUUAAGAAAGAAGAAAUAAGCAAAAGUUAGGUUAGGCUUAUUUGAAAAUAUUGGUAAUUUAAUUAAUACAUUACAAUUUACUGUUUAUUGGUGUCUAUAAGAUGCAAGCGGUAAGGAUUUCAGCAAAAUCGACUUUUGGGAAAUUUCGAAAUUUAUCAAGAUGUACUUCGUGUUUACAAAACGUGGAGGCCGCAAAACCAACAGAAAGCUUAACGGUACCACCCCCAUCGAAUGUUGAUAAACCUGUAUCUCCUAAAAUAGAAAAAUUAGCCUUUGAAAUAUCUAGUUUAACUUUAAUUGAAGUGUCAGAAUUAAGCGGAUUUUUGAAAAAGAAAUUGAAUUUGCCAGAUACUCCUGCUUUUCCCGUGGGUGGUUUUAUUGCUGCACAAGCUGGAGGUAAAUCUGAAGAGGACGAAGAAGCACCUAAAGCAAAGAAGACCUCAUUCACUGUCAAACUGACAAAAUAUGAUGAAAAGCAAAAGAUACCUCUAAUCAAGGAAAUUAAAGGGCUUCUUGAGGGUAUGAACUUGGUGCAAGCCAAAAAGUUUGUUGAAGGUGUUCCUGCUGUGGUAAAGGCAGAUAUUUCACAAGAUGAAGCAGAUAAGUUAAAAGAAGUCCUAACAAAAGUUGGAGGUGUUGUAGAGAUAGAAUAAGUUUGUUAAGUUUACUUAUUUAGUAAUAGUUUGUUAUUUUGAGUUUUGUGUACAUUUUUUUAAUGUGUGUAAUUGGAGUAAGAGCAGUAAAAAAAAUCAACAUUUAGGAA